AUGGCCGCUUUACAGCAUCCACGCCUCUGUUUUAUAAUCUGUGUCUCGACCAUUUCACUCCUCAUCCUCUUCAGCCAAGUGUUAACAGACAGACGUCAGGAGGGGAGACACAAAAGAGACUUCCUGGACUCCACAGAUAUCCCAGCAGAGCACAUCGAUCCAGCUGCCAUCGACCUCACUCCCCUCGUCAAUACUCUAAUAAAUACAAGCCAAUCGGGCUCCCGGCAGCUCUUCUCCCUCCUCAGUGUGACGUCCUACAGCUCUCUGGCUCUCCAUAAACUCACCCUGCUGGUCUACAACAUUUCCAACAUUAGAAGUUUAGAAAGCAACAAGUUCAGGAGAAGAUUCUGCUACUGUGUCACUAAUGAGACCAACGAUCUAACGGACUUCACGGCCAUUCUGUUGGAUGUGAUGGGAAACUCAACAAGUUACCUGCAUGAGCUCUUUAAAUCUGCCUCCAUAUUAUCAGUAAGCCAGAGGAACAACUCUGACUGUAUUUACAUCUGUGUGAUGGCGGGUAAGAUGGGCAGAGAGAUGCCGGAGCUGUGGGAGGUUGGCUCCAUCACGCCGCUCUUCAACCAGACCAUCGUGGAGGGACCACACAGAGGUAACGUCUCCUCCUUCAGACUCCCUGUGGAAUGGCACCAACUGCCCACAAAUCUGAGUCACAUCUCUCCAUCUGGGAUGAGCUCCAGUUUAACCAGCAGAGUUCAUUCUACUGCACAUGUUUCACCAACAACAAUGGAUGAAACAGCUGUUUUAACAGCAAAGAUCACCACUGCCCAGCCGCUGGCGCCAGCUCCACAGCCUGUAACCACCAUUCCACAAAGUCAAACUACAGUGGACAGGCCGGAGACAACAACGAGAGAGAGGACACAGGAGGUGACAGUACAGGAAGUAACAACACGUGCAGUGAUGACAGCACAGACAACAGCUACAGAAGUGCCAACGAUUUUGCAACCAGUCACGUCAACACAACCUGAAACCACCCUGCAAGUCACCACUGCGUCUGUAACGACGGCUUUAGCUCCAACCACAGUAAGACCAUCAACAACCACACUGACCACAUCAUCAACCAAACUCACAACCUUCUUACCAGUUAUUAGUCUGACCCGGCUAACUACAUCUACACAUCAGCUAAGUAUGAUGACCCAGCACGCCACGUUGACAGGUUGUCCUUGGAGGAGGCCGGAGCUGACUGACCUCUCGCUCUCCAGCAGCACGACGACCGUCAGCGCUCACAAGCUGCAGCCCUGCGUCCUCGAGCUCUGCAAGUUCUUCUCCCAGUGCCUCUGCAGACCCUUCAGCCACAAGACGCGCAUGAAAAGGUACUGUGACGACAGCCACCUCUGGUAUGAAAAACACACGUCUGAGGUGUGUCGGCGGGUCAGGAGAGUCUCCUUCUCCAGAAAUUUGAAACAGAGAUGCCUGACAAAGAUGUGCAAUAAGCUGUGA